AUGGUGAUGUCGCAGCUAAGCGGGAGCAUCAAAGGCGCGCUAGCGCGGAUGUCCAAGGCAAUGCUGGUGGACGAGAAGGUGCUCAACGACUGCGUAAACGAGAUCUCGCGCACGCUCCUGCAGGCCGACGUCCGCUUCGAGACGGUCCGCGGCGUGCAGGCCAGCAUCAAGAGCACCGUCAACCUGCAGGCGCUCGCGGACGGCACCAACAAGCGCCGCGUCAUCCAUCGGGCCGUCGUGGCCGAGCUGCGCCAGAUGCUGGACCCCCGGGAAGCCGUCCUUCACCCCGAGCAAAGGGAGGAAGCCGGCCAGCGUGGUGAUGUUCGUCGGCCUGCAGGGCUCCGGGAAGACCACCACCUGCGUCAACUGAAGCAGAGCGCGACGAAAGCCGGCAUCCCGUUCUACGGGAGCCACACCGAGUCGGACACCGUGAAGGUCGCCGUCGACGGCGUGGACAGGUUCAGGAACGAGGAGGGCUGCGACCUCAUCGUGGUGGACACGAGCGGGCGCCACAGGCAGGAGGCCGCUCUCCUGGAGGAGAUGCGGCAGGUCUCGGACGCCACGAGGCCGGACCUGGUGGUGUUGGUGAUGGACGCCAGCAUCGGCCAGACCGCGUUCGAGCAGGCGCAGGCGUUCAGGCAGAGCGCCCCGGUUGGCGCCGUGAUCGUCAACAAGAUGGAUGGCCACGCCAAGGGCGGCGGCGCGCUCAGCGCCGUCGCGGCCACGAAAAGCCCUGUGAUUCUGGAGGAGCUGAUAAAAAAGGGAAACUUCACGCUCAGAGAUCUGCGCAAGCUGUUCCGGGCAGUGCAGAGUAUGGGCCCUCUUGGGCAGCUCGUCUCUAUGAUACCUGGUGGACUCAUUAGCGACAAGUUUAAUGAAAAGGGCGGGCAAGCCAAGAUGAAGAGGUACAUGACCAUGAUGGACUCCAUGACUGAUGCGGAGCUUGACGGGACCACCGCGAAGCUGAUGAACCAGUCGCGGAUCAACCGGGUGGCUCGGGGGUCCGGCAGGCCCGUCAGGGAAGUGGUGGACUUGCUGGAGGAGCACAAGCGAAUGGCCAAAAUGAUGAGCAAGUUGCCAAACGUCAAGAGACCCAACGACAUAAAUCACAUAGCCAAUGCCAUCCCUCAGGAGCUGCUCAAUCGGUUUGGUGGCAAAUUUGGGCUGCAGAAACUCAUCAGACAAAUGGGCGCCCCCCAAAGUAGAUGA